AUGGCAUCGAGGAAGAAGAGUGGCAGCGAGCCAUCAGCGCCGGGUCACGGCGAGAAGGUCCCGAGGGGGCACGUCCCGAUGGUCACCAGCUGCGGCCAGCGCGUGGUGGUGCCCGUGAGGCUCCUCGCUGUUCCCUGCAUCGCGGAGCUGCUUGACAUGACGGCGCAACGCUACGGGUACGGCCAGCCGGGCGUGCUUCGGGUACCAUGCGAUGCGGCGCAUUUCCGGCGGGUCCUGGAUUGCGCGCUGCGGAGAGCCGGCUAG